AUGUCAUCGUUGAGUACACUUACACAUACCCAAAAGACCCAGAUCAGAAAUGCAUUCAAAUUAAUCGAUGGGGAAUCUCGAGAUGCUUUAAUUACAAAAACAGAUUUAAUCAGAUUAUAUAAAACUUUAGGAAUGUCGAUACCUUCUGAAGACACCUUGCUGACGAUGUUACAGAAUGCGACUCCAAGUGAAAGUGGAAGUGAGCCAGGAAUUAACUUCACUCAAUUCCUGACAUUGAUGGCGGAUGAAUUAUCUAAAUUUGAAGAUCGACAUACAAUUUACAAUGCCCUACAAAUAUUCAAUAAGAAAAAGAGUAAGAAUAACAAUAAUGGAGAUCCAACUGAUCUUGAGAUUGAUGUGGAUGAAUUGAAAUCAGCCUGUUGUUCAGUUCAAUUAGGUGAAAUAGGUAGUGGUGAUCAUAAAUUAUCCCCUCAAGUAUUUGAUGCUAUAAUAAAAGGAUAUGUUAAACAAACUAUCGAAGGAAAGAAAAUCUUCUUAGUAAAUAAUUGGUUAGAGAGUUAUAUAGAAUGA